AUGCCUAAUCCUAGAGUUUUCUUCGACAUGACCGUCGGCGGUGCACCAGCAGGGCGGAUCGUGAUGGAGCUUUUCGCCGACGUCACCCCGAAGACGGCCGAGAAUUUCCGUGCUCUGUGUACCGGCGAGAAAGGAGUCGGAAAGCUGGGAAAGCCACUCCACUUCAAGGGAUCUGGUUUCCACCGUGUGAUCCCUCGAUUCAUGUGCCAAGGAGGCGAUUUCACCGCCGGGAACGGAACCGGUGGCGAAUCGAUCUACGGUACCAAGUUCGACGACGAGAACUUCAUUAAGAAGCACACCGGGCCUGGGAUUCUCUCCAUGGCCAACUCUGGUCCUGGGACUAACGGAUCUCAGUUCUUCAUCUGUACUGCUGAGACGUCGUGGCUGAAUGGGAAGCACGUUGUGUUUGGACAAGUCGUCGAAGGCAUGGACGUCGUGCAGGCGAUCGAGAAAGUCGGAUCUGAUUCCGGGAAGACUAAGAAGCCGGUGGUCGUCUCUGACUGUGGCCAGCUUUGUUAG